AUGAUGGAUGCUUUGCUCUUUGCAGGGUUGGACGAUUGUUUACAGCAAUAUAUCAAAAACUUUGAGAGGGAGAAGAUCAGCGGGGAGCAACUGCUGCACAUCACCCACCAGGAGCUGGAGGAGCUGGGCGUCACCCGCAUCGGGCACCAGGAGCUCAUUCUGGAGGCGGUGGACCUGCUCUGCGCCCUGAAUUACGGCCUGGAGACAGAGAACCUGCGGACGCUUUCUCACAAACUCAAUGCAUCAGCCAAAAAUCUGCAGAACUUCAUAAUGGGUAGAAGGCGGAGCGGACAUUACGAUGGGAGGGCCUCCCGGCGACUGCCCAACGACUUCCUCACCUCCGUAGUGGAUCUGAUCGGUGCUGCCAAGAACCUGUUAGCCUGGCUGGACAGGUCCCCGUUCGUCAGUGUGACGGAAUAUUCACUGCUGAAAAAUAACAUUGUCCAACUGUGCCUGGAGCUCACCACCAUCGUGCAGCAGGAUUGCACUGUGUAUGAAACAGAAAAUAAAAUUCUCCAUGUGUGUAAGACGUUGUCAGGAAUCUGCGAUCACAUCAUUUCUCUGUCAUCGGACUCCUUGGUGUCGCAGUCCGCUCACCUGGAAGUCGUUCAUCUCACCAAUAUCAUGCCCAGUGAAGGACUGGGGAUGUACAUCAAAUCCACGUACGACGGACUCCACGUCAUCACAGGGACCACGGAAAACUCUCCUGCCGACCAGUGCAAGAAGAUCCACGCCGGCGACGAGGUGAUUCAGGUGAACCAUCAGACGGUGGUCGGUUGGCAACUGAAAAACUUGGUAAAUGCUCUGAGGGAAGAUCCCAGUGGAGUGAUCCUGACUCUAAAGAAGAGACCUCAGAACACCUUAGCGUCAGCCCCUGCACUGCUGAAGAACGUGAGAUGGAAGCCACUCGCACUACAGCCUAUAAUUCCCACCAGUCCCACCAGUGGUAACACCACCCCGACGGGCACCAUGGGGAUGUCCUCCAAGUUGGACGGCCCGGCCCUGCAUGACGUCUUCAUUCUUUCUCCUGUGUCCGGACUUUAUGGCCCCAGGGACGACAUUGGGAUUGUGCCGUGUGACGACAUCAAUAAAUAUGGCGUCAGCAAGUCUGUGAUGAAAGGCUGCGAGUCUCCCAGCUAUUACCUGGAGCACGAGAGCGGCAAAUAUUACACUUUCGUAGAAGGGGAGGGGCACGAGGUCGGCUCAGAAUAUGAGAGGGGUAGAACGACCGGGGUGCGGAGAAGAGAGAAGACCCCUACUCACGGGGACCUGAGGCCGGUGUCGAUGCCGUCAGAAUACAGCUGGAUUGGAGACCCCAAGGAGCCCAAUAUGUAUAAGAGAGGAAGCAAAGACUCUGAGAAUUCGCUUCUGCGCUACCUGAGCGAUGACAAAAUCCUCGUGAUUCAAGAAGAGCCGGUGACCCAGAAAGACAACAAGAGGGACACGGGACGCCGAUCCAGGAAAAAAGGCAAGAACCCGGGCAGCCCCAGUUACCCCAUCAGCCCGUCAAUGCUAACCUCAACAGGGAGGCUGGACCCUGCGCAGCAAGAUGCCUUGACCUUCUCUCUUGCCGAAAGUAACACUGUCCCCCUGUACCACAGAGCGGGUGACACAAUCGGGGGCGACUCUGAGAGGUACACAAGUUCUGCAGCGGAGCGACAAGGAACCACAUCGAUGAGGAAGUCUUUCCAUUACGCAUCGCUGAGGGUUAAAACCAAAAAAAGAUCAAAAGGAGGGUCACUCACGAGCAGCAGGCGGCGAAUUUCCUGCAAAGACCUGGGGCACGGCGACUGCGAGGGCUGGCUAUGGAAGAAGAAAGACGCCAAAGGUUACUUCACACAGAAGUGGAAGAAGUACUGGUUCAUUCUGAAGGACUCGUCCCUGUACUGGUACACCAACCAGAACGAUGAGAAGGCGGAAGGUUUCAUCAGUUUACCAGAAUUCAGGAUAGACCGAGCCAUCGAAUGUCGGAAGAAACACGCCUUCAAAGCUUGUCAUCCGAAAAUUAAGAGUUUCUUCUUCGCCACAGACUGUCUGGAGGAGAUGAACAGAUGGAUGAACCGUCUGGGACUCGCUGCUAUCGGGUACACGCCGGAUGACAAGGACAUCAGACCCAACGAAGCAGAUUACUGGAGUGAGAGUGACCAGGACGACGUCGAUGGCUCCAUGACAUUAAAACAGGAACCGCAGACCACAGCAAGCGACACCUACCACCGCACCUCCUCAACAAAUUCCUCGAGUCCGUUUCCAGAACAGAAGCAUGGCCGCCACUUCUCCAGUGAAUCCACGUAUUCUCACUCCUCGGCUGAAGACUCCAGGCCGGACGCUUUGGGCAGCACGCACUCUUCCGGUUGUCGGCCCACAUUCCGGGAGCGACGGUCCUGGCAGGAUCUCAUAGAAACCCCCCUAACCAGUUCAGGACUCCACUUCCUCCAGACCGUCCCUCCGGAUUCGGAACAUAUGGCUGGACGACCAGGAAUGUCCCCGGAACGUAGGAGACAAGCUACACUACCAGUCCAGCGGCGCCAGAACCAUGAACGGGACGGGCCCUUUCCUCUGGCAGAAUGUCCCAGGGGCCACACAGCACACACCAGGACACAAAAACAGCGCAGCCAAAGUUUACCCAGAAACCGGGACGCCAGAGGGAAAAACCGCAACAAGAACGCAGUAUUGUUAGAGGAGAAGCCCGAGGAGGAGCCGCUGAAGAGGAAGCACAGCAGCUCCAGCAAAGAAGACAACAAGAAGGACGCCUGGUGCAGCACGGACGGACUGCAGGAGCUCUACAAGACGCUGGAGCAGGCCAGCCUGUCAGCGUUCGGGGAGCAGAGGCCGUCCACCAAGCAGGAGUUCAGGAGAUCCUUCAACAAGAGGAGCAACGACCCCGUCCUCAACGAGAAACUGCACCGCAUCCGUGUCCUGAAGAGCACUUUAAAAGCGAAGGAAGGCGACCUCUCCGUCAUUAACGCUCUCCUCGAUGAUCCGGCCUUGACAGCCAAGAAAUUCAAGGACUGGAAGCAGAGAAACUUUGAGUUUUUUAUGGACAUUUGUGAGUACAGCGGAACCCUGAAACCUCAGAACGGUGCCUCCGACCUCGCUGCCCCAGCGGCUCCGAUCUCGCACACCCAUUCCUUCAUCGAGACGCACGUCUGACCGGCGGGAGAAGCGCCCUCCCCCCAGGUGCCGCCAUGACUGAGAGAAGCACUGUAAUAUCUGUACAUAAUGUAAUCAAUAGACUGUAAAUAGAUUGGAUACGAGAAUAGCGCCACCAGAUGCCUACGACAUUGCAUGACCGCGCAGAAUUCUUCUUCUUUUGUGGAUUCUCUUUGCUUUGCUGUGUGUAUCAGGGUCGGCAUCCGCACCGAAAUGUCUGGAGGUCCCAGCGAGCGGCCAUUGUGUGACCUGUGCCAGCAGCAGUCACCAUGGCGGUCAGUGCACACAAUGGCGGCCCCCAGGGAGCCUCCUCUAUGUACAUCUAUAAGGUGACAACCUCCAAGCCUCUAUAUAUAGAUAUGCUGUCCCCCACCUGCUAUCUAUGUAUAGAAGCGAUCCCAUCACAAUAUAUCUUCAGUACAUGAGCAGCGAGCGGAUUUGGUGUCCUGGUCGCCGCCGUCCUCCAUUGUUCCUCACAUUAUUUUGUAGUUCUGAAUCUCCUGGGAGCAGAGGAAGCGGUUCCAGGCUGCACACGAGUAUAUAGCUCAGCCUCUUAGUGCCUUAUGUGCAUCCUGCAGAUGGCGGCUUUCCUGCACGAGAGCUUGAGAUGCGAAACCGCGAGGUGACGAUGUGGUUACGGGACGCUUCAGCUUAAGGUGGACUUGUCCUUGCAGGAUGAUGAUUGCCUCUCCACUGUGAUUACUGUGCCACUAGCCUGUGACUUUAUGUGCUACACCCGUCUAUGGACUGAAGUGCGGCGGCGGCGCGGUCAUCUUCAUGGGAGUAAGAAGAAAGGGAAACGCAGCGAGCAAGUUGUAUCCACCUGGAGGUGAAUCCGAAGUACAUGAAACGCUCCAGUACGUACAAAGACAGCGAGCAGCGGGUUCUUCCAGCUUCCGUAAUAUCCGAUGCUUGUGGUCGCGGUCGUCUCUUGUGUACCGCUCUUUGUCACUUAUGUUACUUUCAGGGACACCUUUGUCCGGUGGGAAACACGCAGACAGUGCAUGUGUUUUACAUGGGACUUGUAGUGCAGCUCUGCAGUGACGGGGGAGGGGAGGGCUAAACGGGUUUCUCCACAUAUGGUAAUAUUGUUUGGCGGUGGACACAAUGUAUCAAUGAUGGCGGGCCACAUUCAUUGCUGCAAUCACCACUGAUCACAAAUCCUGUCCCAGAGGGUGAAUCUGGAAGUCAGUGUUAGGGUCUCUGCUCCAUAUCUUCCAGUUCAGACCCAUUUAAAGCGACGGCGCCGUCUGGAGUCACUUGCAUCAUUAUAUUAGGGAAUUGCUAGUCGUGCAGUUACAUUCUCUGUACUCCAUUCCUAAUCAUUCACCUACACUUGUCCCUGAUGGGCGCAGGCAGCGCCAGGUCAGGUGAUCGUAUCAUGAAGAUAAUGGCGGCAUGACACGUAAACCGAAUGUCCAGAUGGAGCAUUAAUCUCAGGUCACCCCCAGACCGGGUCUCAUUUCUUAGAUUUGUUACAAUGUAUUCCUGGGUGUAGUGUUCAGCGAACUUGUGUUUUAAGUUCGGCGUCUAAAGUUCGGGUUCGGUUUAUCGAAGUAUCCCGUUAUGGAUUCUAAAUUCCGUUAUGGUCCGUGGUAGCGGAAUCCAUAACGGGAUACUUCGAUAACCCGAACUUUAGACGCCGAACUUAAAACACAAGUUCGCUCAACACUACUGGGUGUUAAAGGUGAAAAGUUUGCUAAGGAUGUGUCAUGCUCCGCAUUCAGGAAAGUCUGGCGUUUUGCAGAAUUUCAAACAUGGCCGCCGUGUGUAAACAGGCAAUCAGGGCUAGGCGAUGCCAUGGUCAUGUGAUACCAUCAUGUGACCACAUUGUCCAGUACACAAUGUGCUGGUCUCACUGGGACUCAGGCAGACGAGUCUGUUUGAAACUUGGAAGAUGCAGUAACAGGAUGGUAUCACAUGACCAGAGCGACGCCGUGCGGAAAUGGCGAGUAAUUUAGAGACUUGUACAGCAAAAGUCCGAUAAUCCACCGAGGAUUUCCAGAGUAUCAGGUGCUGGACUAAUGACCUUUACCAUACAACUUCUUGCUGCCAGUUAACAAUUAGGUAGAUGUGUCUAAAGGUGGAGUGUCCCUUUAAAUCAGAGAAUGAAGUGUAAAGUAUCCCGUGUAGCUCCCCCUCCAGUCACUGUGAAUAUGGAGCCCCCUGAACAGGUCACUGUGAUUACCCCGCUGUUCUCAGGGGACUGACCCGUCCACCACUACUCACCGGCCACACCGCCGCCAUCCUAUCAGUCACUGUGAUUGAACUUUGCUCCCAUGGGGAAGUUGUCGCUGAUAUUAUUGCAUGUUUGUCCUUAAAGGAACUGACCCCCAAAGCAGGUAAACCUCCCGCUUACUGACCCCAGGUGUACAGAUGGGCGAGGGCCCCUGUUCCCGAGUGAAGAACGAAGAAGGUUCUGAGGUCUCAUCCUCACGGGCGAUACGUGGUCACGGUGAUAAAAACCGACUGAAGGUCUCAGUGAUUGCAUACGCUGAUCAGGGGCUGCCGGGGCCAACACAGCCGUGUCACUUUAAGAGGAUUCCCACCUAAAACUUAGGACCACCAAUAAGGCGCCCGAACACUUGUCACUUUUGCAUGACAUCAGUAGAGAGACAAUGUCUUCUGGAAUUUCUUAAGUUUGGGCUGGAGUUCUUCUUUAUGUGACGCGUCCAUCGACCUGCGCAGCGCCACCAAUGGUCACUGAUGCUGAUCCACUGCCGGGCGCCAGGUCCCAACAGAUGCCCCAUUACCUGACCGCUACCCCGAUCCCCACAAAGUGACCGGACGGAGGGUUACCCAAAGCUGGGGGCAGCGACUGGAAGGACUGUAAAUAUCUUCUAAACCUAUACAUAUAUAUAAAUACAUAGAUCUAUUUAUAGGCACAUAUAUAACGGAAUAUUUUUUAUAAACUCGUGUUGGCGUGGGAGGCGUGUGACGCCAUGGCGGGGGCGGGGCCAUACUGAUGUACAGGAGAUGACGACUUCUAGCAAUUAUUUAUUGUUCUCUAUGUAGGAAGAUAAAAAAGUUAUAAAAACAUUUUGUUAAAAAAAUAAUAAAAGCGGUUUUGCAAAACUGA